AUGGCUUCACCGAGAGCCCGUCUGCCUCGCGCAGGCAAGCUCGGGGUUUUGAUACCGAAGCCCAACGCUCACGGCGCCUCGAUAUGUCCUUUUUGCUGCGUCACAGCAUCUCGCCCGCGUAUACGGACCCGUCGCGAUGCCCUCGCAAAACGCUUCACUUCGACGUCUGCGUCUGCGUCUGCGUCUGCGUCUGCGUCUGCGUCUGCGUCUGCGUCUGCGUCUACGUCUUCGUCUACGUCUUCGUCUACGCACCCGCCAAACCCCCGCACCGAGCUUGAGCAGCAUCUCCUCGACAUCCAGAAACUCGCACCGUCGCUGGUGAAUCUUUCAAGACUGCAAUUGGCAGUUCAAGGCCUGCGGCAAAUACCAGGCCAGGAAGCUGUGAGGGUUGCGAUUCUGGGACUGGCACCUGGCUCGAGUGCGGGCCAAACUGCCAAGAAUGUGUUGAGGUUGCUCGUGACAGAUCCGCUGCAGGAUGAGCAGGAAUGGGAGCGCCAAUUGAGGGACCAUGACCCAAAGAACCCUCUUAUUGUUCGAGUAAGGUCUACCGCAGAGCAGCAGAGUACUAUUACUGUGACCAAGACGACUCUGCUUAGCGAGAUCAAUGUAUCUUCUGCCGAGUGGAACAACCUCAACCUAGAGCUUCUCUUCAUGGAGACUCAUCUCCCGGAAUUUGCCAGAGAUGAACAGACACGAGCUGUCGAAGUGGAAGAAGCUGUUCUUGUUCCCAAGGUCGGCAUUCCAUCGGCUGAGGAUCGAGUGACGCCAGUGACCACUCCCGUUCACAAGGCCAUUCUCGUCGGCGAUGGUUUCAAGGGAGCUGUUGAUGUUACAGCAGUGCCUGUUCUUGAAGGAGAGGAGUCUGUGUUGAAAGUGGUCGAUCUGAAAGGAGUUGACCCGAAGCAAGUUGACGCACCAUUCGCAACCGUUGAUAUGUCCGUUGCUGCGAAGAGUGUGUCAGUUUUUCGAGAGAGUUCUCGCAAUGCGAUUGAGUAUGAGCGACUUUGGUUUAACAGCAACUUUCCUGCUUUGACCACAUGGCUCAAGUCAGGUAUCACCUCUUCUAACGAAGCCACCAAACCUGCGGUACGAGGGUUGAUUGUCUCUCUGCUGAACAACGUUUUGGCGAGAUGUGACCAAGAAAACCGUCGUGAAAUCAGACAGGCCUACCAAGCGACGCCUACUGCACAAGAACCUGCCAUCUCCCCAGUCCUGGUCCAGGCGGUGGACAACUGGUCACAGCAAGCACAUACAGAGCUCCAAGAUGAGCUUGACCUGGCUUUCACAGGCCAAAGAUGGCGUAAGCUGGGAUGGUGGCAAUUGUUCUGGAGGGUGGACGAUGUUGCUAUGCUCACAAAUGAGAUGCUGAACCAACGUUUCUUGCCAACCGCAGAGCGCGAACUUGUUUACUUGGCUGGACAAAUUGCGCAAGCUGCUAAAGCUGACCAACAAUACCCCCAACCCAUCUCCGUUAAUAAUAACUACGGCGCAAAGCCUGAAUUGAAGCAACUUGGCUCUGGAGACCUAAAAUCUCUGACCCCAGUCAACGCUCGCUCAGCGCUACCAAAGUGGCCUGGUCACAUCGCCUUUACACGAAAAUAUCUCCAAAACGAGACUAUCCCUGCGCUGCAGGCUUUGGCUCAACGACUUGUCAUCCAAUCUCUAGGCACUUCUGGACUCACAACAUCCCUCGCUGCUCUUCUAUAUGUUUCCCAAUUCUCCUCAACCAUCUACGAAGCCGGCGCCGUAGCAGCACUCGGCAUAGUGUGGAGUUCCAGCAGGCUACAGAAGAAGUGGGAUGCAGCGCGAACAUUCUGGGAGGGUGAAGUUCGCGAAGAAGGCCGCAAGGCUCUUCGGGGUGUCGAGGAUAGCGUCUCAGAGGUACUCACCAAGGAGAAGCAACAAGAGCAACCAGUAGUAGACCAAAAAGGUGAUGAGCUCAACGAGGUUCGGGAACUCGUGGCCAAGGCUCAGGAAGCUCUUGGACGCAUGAAAUAA